GGAACGCAAAGGUUACUGCAGUGCAAAAUGCUUAGAGACAUAUAAAAACGGGAGGCUUCCCUUGAAGGGCAUCAUUCACCCUCAGUGAACCGACUGCGCCCCACCAUGUACAAGCUGAUCUGCUUCUUCGCCAUGCUGGCGGUGGCGUUGGCCGCGCCGGCGCCCGAGCCAGCGCCGGAGCCCCAGCCGCCUGCCAUCCCAGCCUUGACCUACGCCUUCCGGGCGCCCUACGCCGCCCCGUACGCCUACCCCGCGCAACUCGCCUACGCCGCCCCGUACCCCGCCUAUCCCGCCUACCCCGCUGCCCCCGUCCCCUACAACAAGUUUUUCUAGGAAGACCCGUCAGCUUCAUCAUCGGCAUCAUGAGACGUAUGCUCGGUUACGUCUUCUAACUAUUGGCAGUGACUGUUUUGAUUCUUGAUGUGUUGCAAUAAAUUGUUCCGAUCCGCC